AUGCCUCAGCGUCCCAUUGUGCACCAUGACUCGGAGUCCGAGUUAGAGUACCAUGAUGCAUCUGAAUUGGAUGUACCAUUGUCUUUUGUGGCAGUGACCGCAUCAGCCACCACUCAGUCAUCAGCCUCUUUGCAGGGUGGAGACAUGGAGAUCAUUCGGUGCCUGCAACUUGAAAACCAGUCUCUCAAGAAAAAUAAUCGGAUGCUGGGCAAGAAGAACAAAGUCUUGGCGUCCAAUCAACAUAGACGUUCGAGUGUGCAAGUUCCUGACGAGCUGAAGGCCUUCGACAUUGAGCUCUCGACCUUCGCUCGCAAAUAUGGUGUUAUUGCUGAGAUGUUCCCACCUGAGCACCGCAUUCUAAGAUUGCUAGUGUCAAACCCUCCGCCCGUCAUUAUAUCCCCUAGUUGUUAUGCAACCAAGGGUGCUGAAGAACUUUGCCUUGUGACAGAGGUGUAUUUGCUUCUACCGGAUCACCUCCAUCGUUUUGUACCGACCUCUCAUUUUCAAUCAUUGCUAGAGCACCAUCUCCAAGGUGGAUGCUCCAGCAAGAUUGGCAAAAUAUGCUUGAUGGCAGGGCACAUCUUUGGUCUGGAUUUGUCCUACUUUGACCUGAGCUUCAUGAAGCGGGAUACCAUUCCUGAGAUCCAGAAGAUGCUUGGAGGACCAGGUACUGCCGGUGGCCGCUCCUCACUAUCAAAGUUUCCGCCCAUCCUUUUCACAAAUCAAGAGAUGGACCCCACAAUGUCCAUGAUUUUUGGUAACUGGGAACCACUCGCAAAGGCAAUUAGGAUCGUGAUGUUCAGAAAGAAUUCACUAGACAUUCCUGGCUGGCCACGCGCUAAGUGCAAUGCUCAAAAAUGGGGCACAAUGUCCUGCACUCCUGGCCUUCUUGCAUGGGGUUGGGUCGCAUUGAUCUUCAUCCUUUCUUCCAACACUUCAUUCAUGAAAGCUGGACCUCGUAUUUGCACUAUCCGCAAAAAGAUUGAUGCCUACGUCUGGCAAUCAUCCUCGACUUCCAAUAUCGCAAUGUCCAAUGCUGAAGGUGAAGAUUUUACCUCUGAUCUGAUGCGUUUGGCCAUCGCAAAUGCAGGGCAUAAGGAAUCCAACAACUUUCCUGGACCUCCGACUACCGACAACAACUCUGUCAAUGACAUUCCUGGACCGGUCACACCUACUACACCCAUGAUUGCUCCUUCAGCACCGGCCAUUGUCCCUUCAGCACCAGCCAUCAUGGCACUUGCCCCUGCAAAUGCUACCACUGCUCCCAAUCCUGCAACCACCUUGCCGGCUAUUCCAGCCCCUGGACCACCUGUGGCAUCUGAGCCUGCAGGAGCGGCUGCUGCCACUGCGGCCUCUGAAGACUCUGAAGACUCUGGACCUUCAGCAACGGCUGUUGAUUUAGAGGUUCCUGGAGUACCUGAUGAUGUACUGGUGGUAGUGAGCACCCCAUCUUCUGGUCGUCGGGGCCGAGGAAGGAAGGCGGGGAUGCUGGCACCUAUAUCUAGUGGACCGGCAAGUGAGCAGGCUGCAGGUCGACCAAAGCGCACUCGGAAGAAGUAG